AUACACCUGCUUCUUGACUGCUUUAGCUCUCGAAAAAACUGUUUGAUGCUCAAGCAAGAGCUAUAAAUUUGCUUGAUUUUGAUCAAUUUGUAGCUAACGAAAUCUCUUUGCUCCUUUUCCUGUAUAUGUUACCUUUUAUUUUUAACAAUUAUUGCGUUGCUAAUAAAUUGCAAGAAAGCAUAUUCUUUCUCUGGAACAAUAGUCUGUACCAACCUUCAUCAGUCCUCAUUGCUUCGCUCUUCAGCUAACCUUUCUGAUUGCUGCAAUUUGAUCUUUAAAGUCACCGAGUAGAUGGAAUCCGACCAACUCAUAAACACCAUAUAGAGGACAGCGAUAUUCAUCAGCUAACCUCUCUGAUCUCCAGUUGCUAGCUGGCGGAAUCUAACCAGCCCUUGGGUUAGAGGUAUAACUAACUCUCUUUGCUUCGUUUUAAUUUCAUGUAUUUAUUUAUAACAAUAAUUUGGAAGCUUUACGUUCAGAUAGAUAUAUCAAUAUCGACCAGUUUAUUGAGUUCCUUGUAGGUCUUCAAGCACAAUAUCAUUCUAUUUUAGAAUGCAGAAAGUAAAACGCAAGCAAUCCAAAGAUGAAGAAAACGAUUCAUCCUCGCGAAAGAGAAGAAAAGCUGACCUCAGUAAGCCUGUCAGUUUUGUCUCCACACCUGCCAUGACAGAGCCAGAGUCUUCUCGCUCUAGACCAAAUGGGGCCUACGAUGUAUUUCUGAGUUUUAGAGGAGAAGAUAAUCGCAAGAAUUUUACAGAUCAUCUAUAUACUGCCUUAGUCCAAGCAGGAAUCUACACUUUUCGAGAUCAUAAUGAAAUUCCUAGAGGUGAAGAAAUCUCCAAACAUCUCCUCAAGGCAAUUCAAGAAUCAAAGAUAUCUAUAGUGGUCUUCUCUAAAGGAUAUGCUUCUUCUAGAUGGUGUCUUAAUGAACUUGUAGAGAUUCUUGAGUGCAAAAACAGGAAAACUGGUCAGAUUGUUCUUCCUGUAUUUUAUGACAUUGAUCCUUCAGAUGUGAGAAAGCAGACCGGAAGUUUUGUAAAAGCAUUUGAUAAGCAUGAAGACUGUUUUAAAGAGAAGGUGAAGGAGUGGAGAAAAGCUCUUGAGGAGACGGGAAAUCUCUCCGGAUGGAAUCUCAGUGAUAUGGAAAAUGGGCACGAAUCAAAAUUUAUCCAAGACAUUAUCAAGGAUGUGUUGAAUAAAUUGGAUCCCAAGUACAUAAAUGUUUCUACUCACGUAGUAGGUAUUGAUCCCCUUGUCCAUACUAUUAGUGACUUCAUAAGUACCGCGACAGAUGAUGUACGCCUAGUGGGCAUACAUGGGAUGCCGGGAAUAGGAAAGACGACUAUAGCAAAAGUUGUAUUUAAUCAACUCUGCUAUGGAUUCGAGGGAAGCUGUUUUCUUUCGAAUAUCAAUGAAACUUCAGAACAAUCGAAUGGUCUUGUUCUUUUACAAGAACAACUUCUUCAUGAUAUCUUAAAGCAAAAUCCUGCAAAUAUCAAUAAUGUUGAUAGAGGAAUGGUUCUGAUCAAAGAACGACUUUGUCACAAAAGAGUUCUUGUUGUUGUUGAUGAUGUAACUCAUCAGUACCAACUAAAUGCUUUGGUGGGAGAUGGAAGUUGGUUUGGUCCCGGAAGUAGAGUAAUAAUUACAUCUGAAGAUGAACGCUUGCUUCUAAAAGUGGAUCGAAAAUGUCAUGUCAAAGAAUUGAAACGAGAUGCGUCCCUACAACUUUUCAGUUGGCAUGCCUUCAGGGACACCAAGCCAGCAAAAGAUUAUGUUGAGGUUUCGAAUGAUGUCGUUGAUUACUGUGGAGGGCUUCCUUUAGCCCUUGAGGUUUUAGGUUCUUGUUUGUCCGGGAAAAACAAAUCUAGAUGGAAAUGUAUAAUCGACAAAUUGAGAAAAAUUCCAAACCAUGAUAUUCAGGAAAAACUUCGAAUAAGUUUUGACAAACUGGAUGACCAUAAACUACAAAAUACAUUUCUUGAUCUUGCAAGCUUUUUUAUUGGUAGAAAUAAAGAAUAUGUAGCAAAUGUACUUGAAGCUCGAUGUGGUUACAAUCCAGAGGAUGAUUUGGGAACUCUCAGUGAAAGGUCUCUGAUUAAUGUUAAUGCUUCUGGAAAUAUAAGCAUGCAUAAUCUAUUACGAGACAUGGGAAGGGAGAUCAUUCACAAAGAGUCACCUAACAACCCAGGAAAACGCAGCCGAGUAUGGCAAUGUGAGGAUGCAUGGAAUGUACUCAGCAAGCAAAUGGGAACGGAAGUUGUAGAGGGUUUAGCGCUGGAUGCCAGUGUUGGGAAAAAUCCAGAACUCAAACACACACAAUUUACGUGGUUCGGCAACUUGCCUACUCCACGGAGCUACUGGUUUGUAUUAAUGAAGCUUACAAACAAUACAAACAAAGGAGGAGGAGAUAAAACUCUCUCAACUCAACUCUACUCUCUCAAGCUCUCUCUAUUCUUCUCUGUUCUCUCUUCUCUCUGUGUUUCUCACGCUGCUCUCUGUGUUCUUCAUACACUCCACAAAGCAUCACAGGAGGGGGGGGCAUUAAUAUACAAUUAAUGGGAGUGAGGGGGAGUCCUCCACCAUGUGCUAAGUGGGAGAUUAGGUAAUCCCACUUGCACAUGGUGGGGCUUGCUUGUCUCCAAUAAUUAACAAUCUCCCACUUGGAGACAAACAAUGAAAUUAUCUUUUAUCCUUGAAGGCCAACUGAAGUUUUGCACAACUUCAGUUUAUCAAGUGUAACUCCUUUGGUUAACAUGUCAGCUGGAUUCUUGCUUCCACAGACCUUUUCUAGCAUUAGUUGCUCGUCAUCCAGCAGUUGUCGGAUGAAGUGAUAUUUGAUCUGAAUAUGCUUCGUCCUGGAGUGAAAUGCUGGAUUCUUGGCAAGGAAGAUUGCACUCUGACUGUCGCUAUACAAAGU